AUGUUCUCUCUGAGCGCUUCUGUUGCUGUCCUCUCCUGGACCUUUCUCCUUUUUGUCAACUUGAGUCAUGGAUCUGAGAUUAUCAAUGGGAAUGAAGUGAAGCCACACUCAAUGCCUUUCAUGGCUCUGCUGAUGACAGAUGCUCCAAACUGCGGAGGAACUUUGAUUGAUCCAAAAUGGGUCCUGACUGCUGCACACUGCACGGAUACUGAGACUGUGCUGCUGGGGUUGCACUCUAUCGAAAACGAUGAAGAAGAAAACCAUUACAGGCAGGUUCUAAAGGUGAAGAGAAGCAUUCCUCAUCCCUACUAUGCCGAAUGUGCAUUUCUCAACGACCUCAUGUUGCUCGAGCUUGAUGAGGCAGUGAAGGAAACCAAGUGGGUCAAGGCUCUCAGGCUGAAUAAUAAUGUCAAAGAUCCAGAAGGCGGCUCCGUCUGUGUGGUGGCUGGAUGGGGAACAACAGCGUACAACGAGGAAGGGAUGUCAGAUGUCCUGAUGUCCGUCAACGUGACGGUGAUGGACAGAGAAAAGUGCAGCUCUGCUCAAUUUUAUGGCUGCAGCCAUAAGAUUUACCCUAACAUGAUCUGUGCUGGUUCCGAUGGUGAUAAGGUUGCAGACACCUGCCAAGGGGAUUCAGGAGGUCCAAUAAUAUGUGAUGGAGCUCUGGUUGGAGUCACUUCUUUUGGAGAAAGUUGUGGAAUAAAACACAAGCCUGGGGUGUACGCUUUUCUCACAGGAAUUCAGCUCGACUGGAUCAAGGAGACCAUGAAGAUGGCUGAAAUAUAA